AGUCAAAGAAACGGUGAUGCUUGCACGGAUGCUUCAGAGUGCAGCAGACAUUUUCUGCUCAGCGUUCCUCUCGGAGCUUUGGCGGCACAGACGUUCAGGCUGGAGUCGGGCCUCGGGUCCAACCUGCUGAGGAAGCUUUCUUCCAGGUAAGUCUCGCACAAACACAGGUGUCCCUUUGGUACAUAUUUAAAAUUAAGCAACAUGUGAGGCACCAGCAAGUAACGCUAAGUGAACGACCACAAACUCAUCUCUGUGUUUCUUCAGCUGCACAGGAAGGAGCAUUUUAAAGCCGUAUUGAUGGGUUGCGGCACCCACACCUUAUUGUAUAUCAAUAUCAGAAGUUUAUUGUGUUAUUUAUGUUUUUUUAAAGCUGCAUAUUUUAACCUAAGUGUAAAUACAGAGCUUUAAAAUUGUCUUAAAAGCUCUGAGCAGCAAAUCAGAUGAAUAAUUGAUGCUGGAACAGAGCCACAUUUCAUCAUAUGUAGAACAGUUAUCAGUAAAUGGAAGAAAGUUUGGGCAAGGGAAGGUCCCUGAAUGAGUCAAAGUUAUGUUCCUGCGCAUUUGGGGUUGUUGUGAAGCAGUAAAAGACAAAUGCUGGUAUAUGGGCAAAUGCAUAUGACCUAAUUCUUACGGUUUCAUCAGUCACCAAACAUUAUCAGCUGAGAGAAGAAACAUCUUUUGAAAACAGCAGUUUGAUGUCAGUAGAGGAAAUAUAGUUGCACCAAAACUGAUUUUGUCCUCGGCUUUGUCAUUUUGCUCCGCGGGUAGCAAAGGUGGACAAUGUUGUACUUAAAACUUGCUUUCACAGAAAAUCAAAAGUAACAGUAAAAUAUUGGCCUGAAAUAACAUGUUACUUUCAAAUUUUAGAGUGAGUGAUCUUAAAUUUACACUUGAACCAAAGAGACCAAGCAAAGCCACGUCAAAUAUGUUUACGCAAAUUUGUGAAAGAGAGAAGCUGUCAGCCGUGUUGACAUGUUAAAGCCGAGAGAGCAACUUCAUUUGAAUGUUAUGUCAGAGAAGUUGUCAAAUCUUUGUGUUGCUAUGGAUGCACAGAAGUGAUACUGUCAGUUUUUCUCCACCAGCUGUCGAGAUCUGAUGAAAAGAGGAAACUAUUAUAAAUGUAUUUUUAAAAAGUGGUAAUAAACUGCUCACUGCCGCUCCUCUUUGUCUCCAUGUAGGAGGCGAAAUAACAGCCCCCGACCCCACGAGGCCAAUGACAUGGGGUAAGAGGAUUUUGGUUUUCUUCUUGAAUAGUACCGCUUCAACUUUGUAUUAUCUGUUACAAAUUUACCCCCUGAGCAAAUUCUUGUGUUUUGGAACAAGAUCACAAAAGUACAAGUGCUCGACUUCUUCACCAGGCGUGAAAUUUGUAGUCACUUUUACAUACUUCACAUUAAAUCCAGCUACUAUUAAGUGUGCUCCAAUCUUCAGCAUGAUAAAAAAAAUCGACUUACAAGUACAGUGAGAUAAAAACAACUUGAACUCUUAAGAUUAUUUUCAUGCACAGAUAACUUGUGCACACAGGAAACUUGAAGGUGCAUGCAAGACAAUUAACUAAUUUCCAUGUGAUAAUAAUUGAGCACAAGAUAAGAACUUGUCCACACAAGAUAAUGAUAUAGUGUGCUCAAGAUCAUCAUUUAUUCUAAAGAGACAAUUAUUUGUGCACACUAGGAAAUGAACUUUUACAUGUAAAUAAUCUGAGCGUACAAGACCAUUAUAUUGUGCAUUCAGGAUUAUACAGUUGUGUGCACAAGAUAAUAACUUGCCAUUUUAGGAUCAUCACUUGUGCAUGCAAGAUAAAACCCAUAAACUAUUUAUGCUAAAUUUUAGUUUGCACAAGAUAAUUGAUUCUUCCCCUUUAGAAAAAAUAUCUUGUGCACACAACAUAAUAAAAAUUACUUGUUCUCAAAAGACAUAAACAUGUUCAAGUUAAUAAACAUGUCUCAUGAGAUUAUAGCUUUUGCAUGAGUAAAUAAUACUGUUUGUCCAAUAACACAUUUUAUGCACAAGAAAAUGACUUUUACCUGCAUGAUAGUAAUUCUGUGCACUCAAAAUAGUAUCUUGCCUUUACGAGAUUAUUACCUGUGUGUGCAAGAAGGAUUUGUGCCGCAAAAUAAUCACAUUGUUCGCUUAAGAAAAGUUAUCCUGUGCAAACAAAUUUAUGAUCUUUUAUUAACUUUCCCGAAAAGUUUUUAAAUCAGCUUGUUUAAGACUCUGUGGUCAUGUAUAUUCAUUACGCGUGCUCUUACUGGAUGUGUAAGCUUUAAAAGGAGAAGUAGUGGGCCAAAGUGUUCAACUGGUUCCUCUUUGGGCUGACACAAACCUAAACCAGUGAGAGAUCUUCUGUAAACUACUGUAAAGAGGCGGAGCUUGAUACAGGAAACAUGCUCCAUCAAUAAAGCCUCAGAUGAGAGCUGAUUAAAAUGAAAGUUUUUGUCAUGUGAGCUUUACCAAUCAAACUGAAGGAAGUGGUGUCUGAACACAACCCAACAGGAAGUGCUGCAAGGCCAAGGAAAGGACAAAUUUUAAAGAUUUACAAUGAACAGAGUACAAAACAGUUAGUUCAGCUUCCAUAACCAAGAAACUGGAGUGUGAGGUUUGAAAAUAAAACUGCUGAACUUCCUUCUUCUCCCUCUCCUCUGCAGGGGAAGUGGGGAUGACAGCGGUGCAGGACGGUUGAGCCGCAGGCUGUCACGUCUGGGCAGCAGACAUCAGAGAGAUCCUCCAAGACCUCCACCUCAACCGGAGAGACCUCUACCUGCUGCUCCUUCCCCUGACAGACCUGUUCAGCCAGGUGUGCACUCUUCUUCUCUAUCUUUAGCCUUCUCAUGGUUAUUGUUCAUAUUUGUUACAAACACGAAAAGACAAUAUACUGCAGUCCAGAAAUCACUUUGUGUGCGUUCACCUGCAGCAAGAACAGCAUCAUAACUUCUCUCACCUCUCCUAACUCUGAUCUCUUUCUGGGUUUGAUAGAUGACAGGCCUUCUCCACCAGCUCCACCUCAGGCUCAGGCUUCAGCUCCCACUCCUAUCCCUCCACCCAUGGAAAUGCCCCCUAAACGCCCGGACAAAUCCACAAAGCCCAAACUUCCCCCUCGACCUCUGUGCAAAGAGUUCAGCAGCUCUGAACAUGGAGCAGCUGUGUUGCAGGUACACAUCUGUCACUUUUUAAAACCUCCAAAAAGGACAUUGUUAAAGUACAGAGUGUUUUCCAACUACAUUCAUUAUUUGUGCGCACUGUUAUUGUAUUUAGUAGAACUUAAACACAAAAUUUACAACACAAAAGUGUAGCUUCAUAAGGCUUAUGACGUACGUUAUAGUUAAUAUACAGUAUUUCUACUCUAAAGUGAGUUUGUUAAUUCCAUGUGAUAAAAAGUGCCUUUAAAAUGUUUUAAAACACAUUUAUAAUAAAUGUCCUUGCUGAAUUUUAUGUCUGAACAGAUCACCAAAUUGUGGUUUUACCCUGUAUAAACAUUGCAAAGCAACAAUGACUUUUCCUAUCUCAGAGAUUGUUCAGGGUUUCGUGUUGUUCCCAUGCCUGCAAGUGUAAAGUUCAAUGAGUUUGGUCGUUCAUAUUUGUAUUUUCCCGCAGGGUUGUGAUACUUUCCGGGCAGAUGACACCCUCUGUGAUGUCAUUCUGGUUCCUGGAGACAGCAAGGAAACUUUUCCAGUCCACAGAGUCAUCAUGGCCUCAUGUAGCGAUUAUUUCAAGGCCAUGUUCACGGGUAAGUCUGGUGUUGAUGUUUGACUUCUAGCUUCUUCUACGACAGCCAUUAGCAACUUUCCUUACUGACGAGUUGACAACACAGGAACUGAAUUAAAACAUUUAUGAAGUAUGAAUGCUCAGUUGUUAAGGCAUAUAAGCUCUACAGUUGUUGUUUUCUUUUUGUUUGUUUGUUUGUUUUUACACCUGUUUAAUCAUCGGGGAGGAGUCUGGUUUAGCUUCCUACCAGUCUGCUACUUCAUCAUCAUUUUUUCCUGUUUUUAAGAUGACAGGUGAAAAUGUCGUUUUUUACAUCUACGUCAUUUUCUGUGGUGUAGUUUUCAUUCAGUCAAGAAGUCAAAUUUAGAUGUAUGACAAAUCAGCUGUUCGAGUCAGCUAGAUUAGUAAUGUUUUCACUCAUAUAAAUAGUCAAACAAAGAGUAAAAGAAAGAGGAUUUUUGACUCACUUCUGCAUCAGACUUCCUCUGCGGUGCCAGAAGCAAUUUGCAUUUUGACUCUAUUAUCAUCAAAGUACUUUAUCAUCCUCCCACCGUCCGUGCAGCCAGGCUUUAUAGCAUCUUUGUACCUUGCUGACCGUGCACUUUGCUUUUUCGAGACAAAUCCUCAAAAAUGAUGCAAAAUCACUCAUUCACCUUGUCUUUGUCCCUCUGUGUCUGACUCUCCCCAUCCAGGAGGCAUGAGGGAGCAAGAAAUGAGAGAAAUCAAGCUGCACGGAGUCACAAAGUUGGGUUUGAAGAACAUCAUCGACUUCAUUUACACGUCCAAAGUCAGCCUGGACAUGGGGAACCUGCAGGACACGCUGGAGGCUGCAAACUUCUUGCAGGUCAUGCCUGUCCUGAAGUUCUGUAACCAGCUACUGAGCAGUGAGGUGAGGACGAUUUCUUUAAGUGUGGCGUCAUUCUUCUCUAUUAUGACAAUGCAGCAUUAUCAGUUUUUGGUAGAUACAGUGGAGGUCAAGCUCAUUUAACCACAUGAUUCGAGGUCAGGUUCAGAGAGCUGCCAGGAGGGGUUAUGUGCUUUAAUGAGCUUAGCCUCUAAUAUAUCUGAACUCCACUGUCCUCAGAUGAACUGUAUCUCUUUCCCAGAUAUUUAUGACUGACCAGAGAUAGCUUCAAGUCAAAGCUAUGAAAGAAGGAAAGUCACGCAGAAUAACAAACCUAUAAAACUUCAUUAAUCUGUUCUCUGUCUGUGUUCUCUUGCAGAUCACUAUUGAUAACUGUGUGGAAGUGGAGCACAUUGCUAAUGACUUGCUUCUGGAAGACGUUCAGCUGAAUAUAGGUGAGAUUUACAGAGCAUGACAAAUAAGUAGGUAAGGUAGAAGGCACUAUUUGUUAUAUGUUUUUGUCUUAGAGAUGAAAUAAAAUAUGUUUCAAAUCUUCAGAAUAUUCUAAAAUAGUCAGCCAACCCAUUGGACAAUUAGUUAAACCCUGCAAUGAUCUACACCUCACUCUGUAAGAUUCUCCUUUGUCUUUACAAGGCGACACUUUAGGUGACAUUUCUUUACAGGACGUGAUGUUAUGAGAUGUUUUGUUGUGUCAAAUUUAGGUGAGUUUGUGAGCCAGAACCUCUCUGCAUUGGUCGAGAGCGGCCGAUACCUCCAGCUCUCUGAAGCCACGAUGGCCAACGCUCUUUCCAGCAAUUCUCUGGAGGGUUUCUCUGAGGUGGAGCUGUACAACAUCGCUCGAGGAUGGCUGAACCACGACUCUCCCAACCGCCGCUCUUCUGUCUACGCUCUGAUGCGCAACAUUCGUUUCCCACUGAUGAGCCCCGGGGAGCUGAUCCAGAUCUCUCAGGACGAUGAGGAGGAAGGUGACUCCAUGAUGCGCUCUGAGACCUCCUGUGUGAACCUUCUACUGGAGGCCAGCAACUACCAGAUGAUGCCUUUCAUGCAGCCAGCCCUGCAGACCGAGCGGACGCAGAUUCGCUCAGACGCCACGCACAUUCUGGCUCUGGGCGGUGUGAUGAGGCAGCAGCUGGUGGUGAGCAGAGAGCUGAGGCUGUACGACGAGAAGACCAGCCACUGGAAGGCGCUGAAGCCCAUGGAGGUGCCACGUUACCAGCACGGUGUGGCCCUUCUGGGCGGCUUCCUCUUCAUUGUUGGAGGUCAGAGCAAGCUUGGUGAAAAGGAAAUUAAGAGCUAAACAGAUUUUUAAAAAUUUCAGAUUUUACUUAUAUGCUGAGUUUAAUCACUGAAAGGAAAAGUUAAGUUACCUUUACGUAACAAAAGUCAACUUAUAACCCAAGAAUAAAGCAGUGAGUUUCUGAAAAUGAGCUUUACUUCGACAUUUUAAUCUCACUCUGAUCUUUGUUUGUGUCUCAGGUCAGAGCACUUAUGACACCAAGGGUAAGACGGCCAUAGACAGCGCUUACCGCUAUGACCCGCGCUUCGACAAGUGGCUUCAGAUCGCUUCACUCAACGAGAAGAGGACGUUUUUCCACCUCAGUGCUCUGAAGGGGAAACUUUAUGCUGUAGGAGGAAGAAAUGCCUCAGGAGAGAUUGGUGAGCUGCAUUAUUUUUCUAAGAACUACCAAUAGUGGAUCUAUUCUCCAUUUGAAGCUCCACUUUUGGUCUCUACCAACUUCUGAACAGACGAUGAAGCUUUUAAACAGCUAGAUUGGUUAAAUAUGUUCACAUGCUAAUCUUGUUGGCAGAUGAGAACCAAGCAAGCAGUGCAGUAUGAGUAAGAGUUUGACUGUAAACAUCGGAUUGCUCAGAAUAAAUAUUACAUUUUAAAACCACCGAGUUAACCAUGACCUACAAGCUGCAGCCUGGGAACAAAGCUGACCCCAUUUUUAAGUUAAAUGAGGCAGACGGAGAUGGCAGACUGUAAAGAAUUUCAUUUACAGCUUCUCAUUUUUGAAAUUUGCAUGUUCUCACAAUCAGUGCAAAAUACAGCACUUAAGGUUGCUUUAGUUUUGUGGCACAUUUCCUAUCCGAAAAAGAGAUUCAAUGAAAUUCCACUUCAAAGAGAUUUUAAGUAGUCCUUAAAUUUGCCCAAAGAAAUAAUUAUGAAAUACCUCCUCUAGAUACUGUGGAGUGCUACAACCUGAAGAAAAAUGAGUGGACCUUUGUGAACAGCAUGGUGGAGCCUCACUAUGGACACGCAGGAGCGGUGCACGGGGACCUCAUGUACAUCUCAGGUAAAGUAAAAAAAAAAAAACACUUUUAUUUUAUUCACUAAUAAGUGCGUCCAAACAGAUAAAUGUGAGCAGAUAAAUAUUUGUACAGUAAGUUGUGGUGUUGAUUUACAAAAUUCUAAAAUUCAAAAUUGGACAAUGAAGAAAACAAAACAUACAAAAACAAAUCACAGGGGUAGAGAGGUAGGGGAAAAAACAUUAAAAAAUAAAAUAAUAUAAAUAAAAAAUAAAAAAGAUAAUUUAAAAAAGGAAUUAUAAUAAAAAAAAGAUAAAAAUAAUAAAGAGACAAGAGCAGUGAGACAAAGGAUUAGUUAUGGUGAUUUUCCUUUGAGAUCCAAAUUUAUUGAUUAAUUAAUUUCCCCCUUCUCCGCUUCACAAACAAGCCUUUGUAUGUUGAUGUUGUGGCAUCAACUCAUUGGCAAAAAAAAAACAUUUAGGUUCAUGUUACCCUUAUAGACUUUUAUUUUAAGACAAAGUUGUGCUAUCAUGCAAAUAUCCCUAUUUAAUUUUUUGCGUUAUCUGAAUUUGCAUCUCAAUCAAAAUUCGAAAUGACCACUCAACUCAACUCAACUCAACUUUAUUUGUAAAGCACUUUAAAACAACCACAGCCAACCAAAGUGCUGUACAUAAAUAGACAAAACAGCGCAGACAUAAAAAACAAUUUAAAAAAAAACAAUUAAAACAGUAAAAGCAGAUAUUAAAAAGUAAAAUAUAGUUUCAAUGUUUUUAAAAACUAAUUUAAAAACACAGAAACAAAUAACUAACAACAAACCAUAAAACACCAAAACAGGAGCCGAGUCUCAUGCAGGGGUUGAAAGCCAAUGAAUAAAAAUGGGUUUUAAGACGAGUUUUAAAAAUGGACAGUGUGGGGGCUUGUCUGAUUUGGUGGGGUAGCACAUGUAACGUUAUCUUAAGUUCACAAUUCCUCCAGGACUUAUCAACCUAUAUCUAAGCGGGAAGCACUCCCUGAGAUAAAAAAAAAACGUUAUUUGACAGUGUCUUAAACAAGAAAGGCAGCAGCACAGUUAGCAAGAUUCCUGACACUGAGUAGUAUUGUGGCUGGCAAAGGCAAAUGCUCGACAAUGGCUGCAACAAAAGUCCUUAAAGGAAACAUGCUGCACAUCUCCACCAAAGCAUUUUUUUGGGACUUUUUGGCAUGUGAUUUUGAAGUUGCCUUUUUCCCCAGUUAAAGACAGGAAGUAAAGAUCUUGGGACAAAAGAUUACUGUGUUUUCUGUAGCAGCCUGAAGCGUCUCAGCCUCCAGUUUCUUCUAUCAUUUAUUAGCCAGAUAAUAACUCUGCUGAGGAGAGUACAGUGAUGUGAGUGUGCGCUCUUACAACCACCUGCAUCUGUUGUUUGUUGUGACAUUGAGCCAAAAAAUUUAAUUUGCAUGACUUGCAUGUGCAAAUUGAAAUUCUCCUGUUGGGUUUCCUGCUUUAUUUUUGUCUGACUGUGUCAAAUUAACUCGACUUUGUAGGAGAAAAACAAAUCCACAGUUCCCAAAUUAAAAGUUUGUGUCAAAUUUUUCUGUUCUGCUAGUUUUCUGAGAAGGAUCGAGUUAAGAUCACAAUCAUGGCUGGAGUUACAGAAAGUUUGUCUUUGUGGUAAAAAGAAACCAACAUGGACUGUUCACAGGAAGGGCGAAUAUAUGCACCUCUGAGACCUUGUCUUCAGUGGUCAGGACCUACACUUUGUGCACCCAAGUGUCUAAAGUAACUUCCUGUCUGUGGUUUUUCACAGCUGUCUCUUACGGUGAAAUGAAACUUCUCCUUUGCUGCACAGAAAAAACAAACACGGUCACACAAUUGAUAAAGGCCACCUGCUGAGAAAACCAACAGGAAAACCAGCGUAUGUGUUUCUGGGGAGCACGUGUGUUAUCUGCUUAGAGUAAAUAAUCAUCUGAAAAGUCCAAAAUUAAUGAGGUCUUGUCUAAUUUUAAAGCCCCACUCAUCACUGUUUACUUUACGAACGUAUUGUCCUCCUUGUCUGCACGUAGACUGAGACACUUACUAAGUUUAAUUUGCAAGUAUUUUUUUUUUCAUCUUUUUCCUUCACGCCUACUAACUUACAUUGUGAUUGUGAUCAAUUUGCGUCACUAUUCUUGACCGGAACCCAUGCCCAAAAUCAGAUGACACAAUAGAAAGAGCAAUGACGCCUGCAUAUGGGGGAAGUCAGAGUGUAUGAGUGUUUUAUUUUCAGGACAUUAUCAUUGUUUUCUGUGGUGCCAGCAUGUAUUUGUAACACUAUGAGGUUCCACAUAAGCAUGUGAUACCGUGCCGUUUGUGUUCAUGACUCCAAGCAAAUCAGUUAACCAGAAACAAAAAACAUUUUCAUUCAUGUAGAAUCAAAUUCCAAACAAAGUUAUCUCAGGACACGUAGAAAUGAGCUGGUCUGGAUAGUACUCUUUGUAAUGAUUUACAGAGACUUAACUUUUAUCCACCAUGAGCAAACACUUGGCAAAAAACUUCCUUGUAAUACAAAAAACUUUGAGCAGAACCAAACUCAAAGAAAACACAUGGCUGUUGAGACUUUGGAAAAAGAGACAAGCAGACAAAGUGGCGUGCAGUUUUUUUUUUCCUGUGCUUAUGCAAUCGAAGUGUCUUUACGAAUAAAUUCUCAUCUUUCAUUUCAUAAAACAGUUUGUCUGUUGAAAAAGAAAAAAGACUGUGACAGCAGUGAGCAGUUGAUCACUUGGUCUGACACCUCCCCCCCGCCUGUGGUUUCACACAUUAAAACAAUGCUAUAGAUGCAGUCACUGUUCCUCUCAAUGCUUCUGUUUGCUUUUUCAACAAAGUCCUAUUGCCUUUUGGAUUAAGUUUGAGACCCAUAUGAACUGGAACUUUCAUAGAUCGUAGUCCAGUCUGAUUUUACGUCUUAAAGCGUUUGUUUCAAGGCGCUUUCCAUCCAAAACAAGGGGGUUCAUUUUCGAGAGGAUGAGUAAUUUAAGGUUCUUGCUAGUCCGACCUGUUUGACAACACGUCCUCUGAGUGGUAAACUCUGACAGUACGCUGUCAGUCUGAUCUGUGGCGGGGUUUUUCACAGCUUUGGACCGGAAGCUGGGUUUUCGCACUGAGAGCUGAGACAGAAGUUUCUCAUACAGGACUGACAGGCAGGAAACACAAAGACCUGUGGUUCCUGUGGGUCUCAGUACUCUGCAACGGAGUUCAAAUCAGUAGCUUUCAGAAGCAGUGAUGUGUCAUUUAAAUGCCACACACCAGAAAUGAAGAUACUACACUAUGUUUAUUUAAAGGUUUAAAGCAUCUCACCUGGAAGUUAAAACUCUGUACAAAACAAUACGAACAAAAGAGGUUUAAAGUUACAGUAUCUACACACAACAGCCUCUAGAACCCUUGACCGACCAGAGGCUAGGUGAAGCCGUGGAGACUUUGUUUAACCUUUCUAUACAUUAGGUUUUUAUUAUCUCAAAGUACAACUUGAACUGUUUUGAAAUGAAGUGUGGUGAGUGUAAAGCCUAUGAAAGAUGUUUUAAAUCAGAUUUUUAAAAACUUUGAACGUUUGCUGUCAAGAUUGAUGAUCAUAACGAAACACCCUAUGACUUCUUUUUAGUUUGUCAAUUUACCAAAACAACGAGCAGUCCCUUAGACUUUAGAAACUCUGUGAGUGUCAUCAGCUUUUUGAAGUCGCUGGACUCAACAGUUUCUCCUGUAACACCCGUGCUUUCUUUGUGUGAGCUAAAACACAAAAAAUAGACUUCAAUCCUUUGGUAAUUUGCUGUUCCUCUGAAACGACAGAUAUUGAAACAAAACAGAUACCUCAUGACCUUCAGACUGUGAUGAGAAGGAUGGUGAUCAAUGUGCACCCUUAGGAGAAGGACUUGCAAAACUGAUCAUUGAUGAGUUUAUACUGAUUGAAACAAGAUGCAGAGUCAAACACAGUUGUUUUCCCACGUUUUCAUUUCGCCUGAGAGAAAUACAAGCACAUGGAGCCAAACAAAGUAAAUAGGAUUUAACAGUCUGGAAAUUGUAAUCAGGAUUUGUUAUGACUUACAAUUGUGAUUAAAGGUCCUGUGAGAAACUUUUGGUUCGUGUCCACAGUAGUGCCCUCUAAAGUCUUUGUGCUAAACAUUUAAGGAGUAUCUUUUGACAAAAAAGAAAAAUCUCAUCCUGCAAACUCUUGACUGUCAGAUACGUCACUGAUUGAACAUUACAGAUAAUGUAAAAUCAGGGCUGUUUCUUCUGCUGCUUGGCUUACAUCUACCCCCUUUACAUAAGGAUUGUGCAACUUCCAGAAAUAAAGCAUUAAAGAUGUCACCCAAGUGUCACAGUUACAAAAGUGCAAAAAUGAUGAAACAACAACCAGACAACAAAAACACACAAUGGUCAUAUUUUGUAAGAAACUUGGUUGACAAAUUAAUCUCUGACAAGUCAGAAAAACAGUAUUUUUGGUCAGCCUAAAAUUUUUUUGUAAAGUUUUGUGAAUACAGGGGUAGUAGUUUGUCUAAGAAUGCUGCUCACCAACAGGAGCAACAAAAACAUGGGAAAUUGUGCUAUUUUAUAUUUGCAAAAAAAAUGCAAAUUUACAAUGUUUGGUGUCCAGACUAAAUGUACACAGGUUUUCAAAUCGUAGGGUAAACGUAUGUUGUAAUAAUCCUAAAAAAAAAAAAACAGAUGUAAACUGCACAAAAAACUCUAAACUAAUAAGGUCCUUACUGGUUCACCUGUGCUUCCGGCACAGAAAAGCAGUAGGUGACACCCGGCGAAGCAGAGUCAAGCUGCUCUGCUGCACUGCUCUUGACCACAGUAGAUUGUGUGGGUCCAAAACAUCGAACUCAGCCCUCGAGAAAGCUUCUGGAGAGGUGGCCAGUCAAGAGAAAGUAUGGGCUCAUGGAGGAAGGGGGCUUAAAGAGACACUAGCUUAAAUGCAGUGUUUCAGAUGGAGGCUGAAUUAAUGGUAUUUUAAUACAACACUGUGAGAAACACUAAAAAUCAUGUAAAGCUACAAAGAGGUAUCAGAAAGGAAGUCUAGAGUCUGAAAAAACUGUGUAAUACGGCUUUUUUAAUAUCUGAUUUAUGGAGAAACAUAGUUAGCUUGCUGAAAUGUUUGUUGGAUUUUCUCUCGUCACUCAGGUGGAAUCACCCGUGACACCUUCCAGAAGGAGCUCUGGUGUUACGAUCCCGCCUCUGACACGUGGAGUCGGCGGGCAGACAUGACGGAGCUCCGGGGUCUGCACUGCAUGUGCACUGUUGGGGACAGACUCUACGUCAUGGGUGGGAACCACUUCAGAGGCAGCAGCGACUACGACGACGUCCUGGGCUGUGAAUAUUACAGCCCAGAGACGGGCCAGUGGACGGUGGUUGCAGCGAUGCCGCGGGGCCAGAGUGACGUUGGCGUGACUGUGUUUGAAGGGCAUAUAUACGUGGUGGGGGGGUAUUCCUGGAACAGCCGGUGCAUGGUGGACAUUGUGCAGAGGUAUGAUCCAGAGAAGGACGUGUGGGACAGAGUGUUCAAUGUGCUGGAGCCUCUGGGGGGGAUUCGUGCCUGCACCAUGACAGUUCAUCUGCCGGAGGGGUCUGUGGAUGAGGCCCAGAUACAGGACUGUCCACUGCCAACAACCAAGAGCUGAUAAACAUCACAGACGUUGUCAUGCUAGGAAUGAGGAAAUGUUGUUGGUUGCAGUGCAAGAAUAGUGAACCAGUAGCCUGUCUUUUUCUUACAUCUUAUCAUCUUAAGUAAUAUUUGCAUCAACUGUACUUUCAUUGCACCGUUUUAACUCUUUUGUCCUUUCAAAUGCAAUAUUUUCUUUGAAACGUCUUUGAACAGUUUUUAGGACUUACUAUUUGGUUGUUAGACUCACAGAUGAAAUGACCAAAGGUAAGGAAAACAGGGUGUUAAUUUCAUUAAAGGGAUAUUCCAGCGUAAAAUUGAUUUAGGGUCAAACACACUGUAACACCCAGUUAGACACCCCCUCGAGAGAUGAACGUUGCCGACCGCUUGCUUUUCUAGUUAUACCAACUUUUUUAACAACCGCACAACAGCAAUACACAGCGGACUGAGGAGCCAUAAACAAACCUCAACCAAAACGCCACUCUAUAGCCACAAAUAAUGCUCAGAACGGCACCUAACUUCAUCAGCUGUACAUAGAUAUUAAUUUUACGCCGCAAUAUCCCUUUUAGAUGAUAAAUAUUUUUGAACAACUUUAUUUUUUAUAUGAUGAAAACGAGAUAGCAAUAAGCAACAAAUACAUUAUUGAUAAUAAAAAAGUGGUACUGAAAUUAA